AUGGCAAUGCUCCUGGAGCCUGGAAUGCAGAGCCUGCGGCUGGGUGCCAAUGGAGAGGGAUGUCCCACUCCAUCCCCCCCUGGAUCCCCAGGGACAUCCCAUGACAGCUGCAGCAUUGCCCCCCUGACACCCUCUCAGUCACCGAGGAGUGAGGCACGUUCCCAGCAAACUCCUUCCUUCUCCGUAGUGGUGGCCAUCGACUUUGGCACCACCUCCAGUGGCUAUGCCUUCAGCUUCACCAGUGACCCAGAGGCCAUCCACAUGAUGAGGAAAUGGGAAGGAGGAGACCCAGGGGUGGCCAAUCAGAAGACUCCCACCAGCCUCCUGCUGACUCCAGAGGGGACAUUCCACAGCUUUGGAUAUACUGCCAGGGAUUACUACCACGACCUGGACCCUGAGGAAGCCCGAGAAUGGCUCUACUUUGAGAAGUUCAAGAUGAAGAUUCACAGCACCAGUGAUCUGACCAUGAAGACUGAGUUGGAAGCUGUCAAUGGGAAGAAGAUGCCAGCGCUGGAGGUGUUUGCCCAUGCCCUGCGAUUCUUGAAGGAGCAUGCAGUGCAGGAACUAAAGGACCAGUGCCCAUCCCUGCCUGAGCGAGAUGCCAUCCGUUGGGUCCUCACCGUUCCUGCAAUCUGGAAGCAACCAGCCAAGCAGUUCAUGCGAGAAGCUGCCUACAAGGCCGGGCUGGUGUCCCCAGAGAACCCUGAGCAGCUGCUGAUCGCGCUGGAGCCUGAAGCUGCUUCCAUCUACUGCCGCAAACUGCGGCUCCACCAGGUGCUGGAGCUGAGCUGUCGCCCCCAGGGCCAGGAUCACACCCAGCACAUUGACUCCAGCUUCAGGCAGGCCCGGGAGCAGCUCCGGCGAUCCCGGCACAGCCGCACGUUCCUGGUGGAAUCGGGAGUUGGAGAGCUUUGGUCAGAGCUGCAGGCAG